CCUGAAAAAUACUCUCUUUCGUCAAAUCCAAUUAAAGCACACGGGUUUAUCACGCAAUCUUCCGUUCGUUUCCCGUGCUCUAACCCAAACCCCCAAAUUUGAAGAACGCCCACCCGCCUUCUUCCUUCCUGAAGCUGCACUACCGCCUGAAGCCUAAUCAAUUCAAGAUUUUUCACCAUUAAUCACCAAUUUCAAUGGCCUAUGUAGAUCAUGCCUUUUCUAUAUCAGAUGAAGACAUCAUGAUGGACUCUGAUUCUGCUUACACCGUACACAACCGACCUCCUGUCAAGGAGAUCGCUCUCGCCAUCUCGCUUCUUGUCUUCGGCAUCGUCGGCAUCAUCUCCGGCAUCUUCAUGGCUAUCAAUCAUGUUGGCGGCGACACGGGCCACGGGCUGUUUUUUGCGAUAUUGGGGGCGGUGUUGUUCAUACCUGGGUUCUACUACACACGGAUUGCUUACUACGCUUACAAGGGUUACAAAGGUUUUUCUUUUUCCAAUAUACCUCCUGUUUAGAUCUUAAUCAUAUUGUACCUCUUUCAAAUUUCAGUAUGUAAAUUUCGUGUUCUCUCUUGUUUUUACACUUAUUUGAUGUUCUUUUUUUGUAUGAAAUAAGAACAUGGUUGUAAUGGAAGCUAUAGAGUUCUUUAAUAGGAAUGGUAAGUUUGAUACUUGUGUAUGUAUUAUCAGCUGCCAUAUCUGUGAAACUGGUCCUAAACUUAUAAAAGAUUGUGUCUUGCAUAGUA